GAGCUCCGAAAUCCCGUAACGCUCCCAGGUCCUCGCGGGAGUCGCUGGCCGGGUGGUUCUGAGACCCUAGGUACCGCGAGGAAGGGCACUCCGAGAGAAGUGGCUUCGGAAAUGGGUGGCUUUUCGUCGCUGCCAGCAGCGUCUGUAGAGGUUCGGGUUCGGCCCACAGGUCCCAGGUCCCCAAGAGCAAGAGUGAUCAAGUGAAGGAAUGCAGGAAGAAAAAAAAGGUACUUGGACUUGGAUAUCAUUAUUUCUAGGGACAACUUCAAGCAGACACCAAGCUUUCUGACUCUAAGAACUUUGUGGCAGAUGCAGAAGAGACGAAAGACAGAAUCCAUGUUACUGUUUUGUGAGCACGGAAGAAAAUGAUCAAGGCCCAGGAAUCACUGACACUGGAGGACGUGGCCGUGGACUUCACCUGGGAGGAGUGGCAGCUCCUGGCCCCCGCCCAGAAGGACCUGUACCGGGACGUGAUGUUGGAGAACUAUAGCAACCUGGUGUCAGUGGGGUGUCAGGCUACCGAACCAGAUGCAUUGUCCAAGUUGGAAUACAGAGAUGAACCAUGGAUAACAGAGGAUGAAAUACAGAAUAGAACCCAUCUGGGAUUCGGGAAGCUUGAUAGUCAUCUGCAAGAGCACUCUCAAAACCACAGAUUUCUGAAGAGCACACAACAAUACGGGGAACAGAGUACAUUUAGAAAUGCUGUUCAUUUGAGCAAAAUACAUUUUGCCAUAACGCAAAAUCGUGUGUUUGAUUUAUGUAGAAAAGCUUUGAAAUCAAGUUUGAGUUUAGUUAACGAGAAGAGAAGAUAUGAAACAAAGAAGGCUGUUGAGUUUAAUGGAGAAAAAUCUUUUCUGCAUGGUAAUCAUGAACAUUUGUAUUCUGGAAUUGAAUUCCCUGAAAGUGCAAAAUAUAUCAGCACUAAAUUCCAAGACUUUAAGCAUCAGAGGACUCACAAAAUAGAGAAAGCCCACACAUGCAUCGAAGGUGAGAAAACCUGCAUCAGGAAGUCUCGGCUUAUUUACCAUGAGAGAGGUCAUAGAGGUGAGAAACCCCAUGAGUGUGAUCCAUGUGGGAAUUCCUUCUCCAGAAAUGUCAUGUUCGCUAAACAUCAGAAAACUCAUACACAAGACAAAGUCUGUAUAACCAGUGAAUACAGAAAAGGCUCUAGUGUGAAGAGCAGUCUCACUUUGCCUCAGCAAACCCAAACAGCAGAGAAAUCCUACACAUGCAGUGAGUGUGGAAAAGGCUUCACCAUGAAACGCUAUCUGAUUGCACAUCAGCGAACUCAUAGUGGAGAGAAACCUUAUGUGUGCAGUGAAUGUGGAAAAGGCUUCACUGUGAAGAGCAAUCUCAUUGUGCAUCAGCGAACUCAUACAGGGGAGAAACCCUAUAUAUGCACUGAAUGCGGAAAAGGCUUCACCAUGAAGCGCUAUCUUGUUGUACAUCAGCGAACUCAUACUGGAGAGAAACCCUAUAUAUGUAGCGAGUGUGGAAAAGGCUUCACAGUGAAGAGUAAUCUCAUCGUACAUCAGCGAUCUCAUACUGGGGAAAAAUCUUACGUGUGCAGUGAAUGUGGAAAAGGCUUCACCACAAAGCGCACCCUCAUUAUACAUCAGCGAACUCACACAGGAGAGAAAUCUUACUUAUGUAAUGAAUGUGGAAAAGGCUUCACCACAAAGCGCACCCUCACUAUACAUCAGCGGACUCACACAGGAGAGAAACCCUAUGAAUGCAAUGAGUGUGGUAAAGCCUUCAGCCAGAAGAUAUGCCUCAUACAACAUGAGAGAUGUCAUACAGGAAAGACUCCCUUUGUGUGUACUGAGUGUGGAAAAUCCUAUUCUCACAAAUAUGGUCUCAUUACCCAUCAGAGAAUUCACACGGGAGAGAAACCCUAUGAGUGCAAUGAAUGUGGAAAAGCCUUCACCACAAAGUCAGUACUCAAUGUCCAUCAAAGAACUCAUACAGGCGAGAGGCCAUAUGGAUGCAGCGAUUGUGAGAAAGCCUUCUCCCACUUGUCAAACCUUGUUAAACAUAAGAAAAUGCACACAAGAGAAAUGGGUAGAUUCAGUCAAGUUGUAAAUCCUUUAACACAGAGUCACAGCUCAUUACUUAUUAGUGAACUCCUGCAGAACAGAAGCCCUAUGAAUGUGAUGACUGUGGAAACGCCUUCUGUGGCAACCGAGACUUCAUUAAACAUCAGUGUUUCCAGCAGAUUGGAAUGUAAUCAUGGUACUGAUGGCCGUUGAUGUGUGUCCUGCGGAGAUUAAAAACUUGUCUAGGAGGUAAAUCUGGUGGCUACGGUGAAUGUGUUGUAGUGCCUUCAGUGAUCCUUACCUCAUAUUUUCUGUCAGUGAAAACAUGUUGGGAAAACUCUGAUACAUUCAAUGUGGAAAUGCCUUGAGCAAAACUUUCUAGCUUCAUUAUAUUCUGAAAAGUGUAUACUGAGAUAAAUUCUGUGAAUGCAGAAACUAGAAAGGCCUUCAGGGGGAAGGUAGACUUCAUUAUCAGAGAUCAUCAUAAAUCAUCAGUGAGCUUAUUGUUCAUAGAAAUAUGAUUUUUUAAAAAAUUUAUGAUGACCAUGGGAAAGCUUUUACCCAGAAAGAAGACCUCAGUGAGGGUCAGAGUCCACACUGGAGAAAAACUUUAAGAGGACGAUAUAUAUAUAUAUAUGGCAGGAUAUCAGUGACACAUUCUGCCUCGUUUUGUCAGGAAAUCAUAUAGAAAUGAAAACUUCAUGAACAUACUAAAUGUAGAGCACCUGCAGUCAAAUAUCAGAGAACUUAUGAAGGAAUGAAGUCCUGUGAAAGUGGUAAAUGUCAGAGUGCUUUUAAAUGUUACAAGUCUGACCUCAGUAUACAUCAGAUAAUUCACCUGAUGUACAUUUUCAGAUGAUACUUUGAAACCCUUUUCUAGUGGCCUUGUCAGUAAUUCCUUAGUUUUAAAAAGUAUAGUCUGCUUUCCUCAUCACUGAUUAAUAUUUAUUGUUAUACACCGUGCUGAGUGUUCUAUGGAGUAUUCUAGGACUACUCUGUAUUAUUGAUUUUUUACCUUUCUUUGGCUCUAAACUUAAUUGUAAAUUUAGCAUACUAAAGGAGUUUAAAAGGAAACUGAAUGUUUUAAAUUCAUAAAAUAACAAGUAUUUGUACUUGCUUAACUAAGUUUAUAAAUAUGACCAAAUAUUUUAUAAAACCACCUUCCGAGUUAUUUUUAUAAAAUGUUUAAUUUGAAAUCAUUUUAACUUAUAAGAAAUUGCAAAAUAGUCCAGAGACUUCCCUAGUAUCCUUUACCUAACGCCUCCCAGUAAAAACAUUUAUGUAAGCCACAUCUUACUGAAUCCAGGAAAAUGACGUUGGUAGUAUACUGUUAGCUAAGCCCUUAACCUUAUUUGGAUUUCAUUAGAUUUUCAUGUUUUUUUUUUUAUGUUGUAAUUCUAAGAAGUUUUAUUACAUAUAUAGAUUCAUGUAACCCCUACCACAACCAUCAUGUAAUACUGUAAUCAACACAGAUUUCCUCAUUAUACCUUUUUAUGCUCAUUCCCUUUAUCCAAACCUACCUCUUGCAACCACUUACCUGUUUUCCAUCAGUAUAAUUGUAUAAUUUUGUGAAUAUUACAAAAAUCAUUUUUACAACUGGAUUUUAUAUA